AUGGGUUUAGUAACGGUCUAUAUCUGCAAAACAAACAUCACAAAACCAAAAUGGGUUUUCAAAAACCUGUCGCAGUGCUUGCUGUUCCCUUCCUUCGCUGGUGGUUCUCGGACGCUCGCCGGAGCGGAUGCCGAUAUCGGCAUCCCAGUUUCUCUUCGUAAUCAACGCAAUGCAAAUUCCAGAAAUCCUAAUAUGCAAGCAACUUCUGGGCUUAGGAAAAAGAAAAAAAAUGUAAAGAAACAGAAAGCAUCAGAUUUAGAUGACAGAAAUGGUGGCCAAUUUAUAAACAUCUGGAAGAAUUCAGAAAUGGGAUAUGCAUGAGCAAAAGUGCGGAUGCUCUACCAUAACUUUCUUACCCACUAGCUGUGCAACUGAGUAAACUGUCCUAUUCUUGUUGCCAGGGGAGUGAGCUUUCACCCAUUAAUUCUAAUCUUCUCUUUUGGCAAAUUAAAUUAUGAAUGGGAUGAUGAAGGAUCAUGCAUCUAACAAUUUUAUUGUUGUUGAUGUGCUUACUUCACCAUUGUUACGUAUGAAUUAUGAAGAAACCUUUACCAAAGUGUAAUUCUUUUUGGAAUACAUAUGGCUUCUUAAAUUUGUCCUUUUGUUAUUAGGUAAAUAGAUAUGUACUACUUACCUUAUUGAUGCUUCUUCCCAGUUAACUUAUGAUCCUCAUAUUUUCAAACCAAACACUCUUCUCACACAUUGCUUCGUGUAUCCUUGGAUUCUCAAAUACCUCCAACCAAACACUCAUUAUACCUUAAGUUUGUGCUCAGAUCACAGAAGAUGAUGAUGAUGAAGAGGAAAGAAUGGCUACACUGAUCAUCUAUGAGGACAUGGAUGCCAAUGAAGACGAAUCUGAAGCUGACAUGGAAACCGAUGAAAAUGAUGAGAAUCUCAGGGCAGUUAUUGGUUCCCAUAGCAGAUGGAGCUUGGCUAUGAGUGAUUAAUGAAUUAUCUUGUGGCAUUUUUGUUGAGAUUGUUGGUACAUUUCUUCUUCAUUUUUUUUUGUUGUUGCCUAUUUUGUGGAAUUUAUAUUCCAAGGCUGGAGAAGGAGCAGUGAAUUAGAAUUCACUGGGAAAUUGGAUGUUUUUUUUGUGCAUUGUAUCUUGUUAGAGCUUCAUGAACAAGUUAAGCAGUGUUUUAUUCAAUUCA